AUGAAGAAGUGGACAGGUGGAGUUGUGAUAAUUUUCCUUGGUUUAGUUUUGGUUGUGAGUUACAGUUUUAUAGGAAAAACUGAAUCUCCAAAAGCGCACUCUGCAUAUGAAUUUUUCAAUAACCAUCCAUCUGGGGAGGAUAAUGCAGAUGAAAAGGCCGAUGUUAGUGAUGAGCAAUCCAAGAAAAAAAUGGAAAGGCUGGCAACUGUCAAGGAAAAACCCCACUUUAUGGAUUUUGAAGGUUUGAGUGAUUUGUAUAGUUUGAGUAGUAAUUGGUCCAAAGAAGAAUCUAAUGCAUUACUAGUAUGGAAUCAAAUGAGAUUUUUAUUAUCACGGUCGGAUGCCCUGCCUGAAACAGCCCAGGGGAUCAAAGAGGCUGCCAUUGUGUGGAAAGUUUUACUGAAGGAUAAGGCUUCAAAGCUUGGGGAUGUUAGGGAAAGUUUUGAUUGUCCUUACUUCGUUAUUGCAUCUAAUACUACAAUGUUGAAGAAUGGGAGUGUUCUAGAUAUCCCGUGUGGUCUGGUUGAGGAUUCAUCUAUUACUGUGAUUGGGAUACCUGGUUCAUGGCAAGACAGUUUUCAAAUUGAACUCAUCGGCUCGCAACUUCCUGAGGAACCAAAGCCUCCUAUUGUGCUGCAAUACAAGGUCUUUUUACCGGGGGAAAAUUUGACGAAGGAACCUGUUAGUAUUUUGAAUACAUGGACUAAAGAAUCCGGGUGGGGCAAGGAGGAAAAGUGCCCUGAUCAUGGUUCUACUAAUGUCCUAAAAGUUGAUGGACUUGUAAAGUGCAAUACACAAAUCGUCAGAAGAACAACGGAGAACAAUCCAAACGCAAGUCAUACUGGCGACUUUAAGUCAGGUAAUGUUUCUGAAGGGAGUCCACAUGCAAACUCUAACUUCCAUUUUGUGGAAGGUAACCCGUUUGCUGCAACAUUAUGGGCUGGUGAUGAGGGAUUUCACAUGACAGUGAAUGGAAGGCAUGAAACAUCUUUUGCGUAUAGAGAGAAGCUUGAACCAUGGUUGGUUAGUAGAGUCAAUGUGAAAGGUAGCUUGGAUGUCGUAUCUAUCCUAGUGAAAGGAUUGCCUGUUUCCAAAGAUUUGGAUUUAGUUGCUGAUGCUAAGCACCUCAAAGCUCCUUCUCUUUCUAAUAAAAGGCUAGUGCUGUUAAUUGGGGUUUUCUCAACUGGGAAUAAUUUUGAGAGACGUAUGACACUGAGAAGAUCUUGGAUGCAAUAUGACACUGUACGCUUGGGAGAUGUGGCCGUUCGCUUUUUCAUUGGACUUCACAAGAAUAAGGAGGUCAACUUCCAGCUCUGGAAAGAAGCUCAGACAUAUGGAGAUAUCCAAUUGAUGCCUUUCGUUGAUUACUACAGCCUGCUCACCUAUAAAACCGUUGCGAUUUGUAUCCUGGGGACUAAAAUCCUGCAGGCUAAAUAUAUUAUGAAAACCGACGAUGAUGCUUUUGUGAGGAUAGAUGAAGUUUUAUCAAGUCUUAAGGGAAAAACAUCUAGUGGGCUUUUAUAUGGUCAUAUAUCCUUUAAAUCAGAGCCACACAGGAAUAAGGACAACAAAUGGUACAUCAGCAACGAGGAAUGGGCACAUUCUUCGUUUCCGCCUUGGGCCCACGGUCCAGGUUACAUAAUUUCCCAAGAUAUAGCAAAAUUCAUUGUUCAAGGCCACCAACAGAGGGAUCUCAUGCUUUUCAAACUAGAAGACGUUGCUGUGGGAAUAUGGAUCAAGCAUUUUGAAAAACAUGGUCACAAAGUGGAAUAUGUCAAUGAUGACCGGUUUUUCAUUGCGGGAUGUGAAUCAAAUUAUGUUCUUGCUCAUUAUCAAAAUCCGAGGAUGAUGCUUUGUAUGUGGGAGAAGCUGCAGAAAGAGCACAAGCCCGUCUGCUGCGAGUAA